AUGGCUCCGCCUACGACGACUACGAACUUGCCUCGCUUCCGCUCCUCCCUCUGGUUCCCCAUGGACUAUCAGAUCCUUCCCAUGAGGCCCCAAGUGCGGGAUGCUAAUUGGCCGUUGUACUCGGCUCAUCGCGCUGUCCGUGUCAUGGCUGCGCUGGAGGACGGGUCCUACGCCGUCUCUCCUAAUGCCCACUACAUCCCCUCGCCUCCCCCGGGUCCGCGAGACCGUGAAGAUAUCCUCUCGGACGGAAGGCGGGGCAUAUUCGAGUCGGGAUUCCACGCCCAAUACUGGAGCAGUGCCAGAGGACACUUGCCUUUCAUAUACGAGGUCCCUCCGGGUGUAGAAGGGGUAGAUCCGGCAUACGUUCUGCUGGAUUGCAAGAGGGGCGGGCGGAAGGGGACCUUCCGCAUUUUCGAUACUCAGAGCGGCAAGGGCAAGGCUGACCCGGUCUUCAGCAUGGCCUUGACGGGCUUGUACGACGCUGAACUCAGACGGGCGGAAGAAUUCCUGUCCAAGGAUCGGGACCCGCCUAAAUCCCUUGUUCUCCGACCCGCCGAUGUCAAGGAGUCGCGGUACCAGUUCGAGUACAUCGACUCCAACCUCGAGAAGGCUCGCAACCACGCAGCAACGAUCCAGCGUCACUUACUGGAACUAAGAGCAUACUCUUACCGCUCUUACCUCCAACGGGCGUUCGACGAAGGGCGUCUCGCGGCGCCAUCCCCCAGCGUUUUUGGUAUCGGUUGCUGGGUUCGGGGGGGCGACGACGAGCUCAUCAAACGGCUGGUUUGGUUCGGAAUCCCGGUGUGGUAUACUCGUCGCGAAGGCCCCAGCGCAACCCAACUCCUCCUGCGGGUUCACUCCCUCGACAAACGACUGUCGCACGAGCCUUGGGACGACGAAGAACAUGGCCCGCCUCCCGAGAAGAAUAAGAAGUCUUCACGCCGCCAGAAGCAACGCGACGCUGACUUCUUGUCGGCGGAUGAGGACUCCGAUUUCGACUGGGAGAAAUCGCAUGGCCUCCGCCGACCUGCCCCGGUUGCUGGACCUUCUCUUCCCAUGACGCUCCCUUCCGCCCCGCCGCCUAUCGUCCAACCCGUCGCCGUCCGACCCGUCGCCACCAAGCCCGUCGUCGUCAAACCCGUUGUCGUCCUCCAGUCCGUCGCCGAAGAAGAGGGCUGGGUGAACCAGAUCAUACCCGACCCGGCUCCUCCAUCUUCACCGCCUAGGAUCUCCUCCCCUCAAGGGAGGAGCUUGAUCAUCACUCCUCCUCCUCGGAUCGAUUCCCCCAUGGUCGUCGGUUCUCCCCCCCGGAGCUGGACCAGGACGCCUGCAAGCUCUCAACGGGUCCCUUCCCUCCCGCUCCGCCUCGCCGAACGACUCCCCCUCGUCAACUCGUUCGUCCUCUUCGUCCUCGCUCUCCUCCUCCUCCUCGUCCAUCUCCUCCUCUUCCUCCGCGCCGGGGACGCUCUCCCGCCCCGAUCGAACGCGCCUCCCGCCGGCGUUCCCGCUCCCCUCCUCCUCGCCGCGACCGCCUCCGAGAGGACCGACCAACGCGGCAGCGAUCUCCCGCAAGGCUGCGCCUCUCUCCGGCGUUCGCGAAGUCCCGCGUCGUCUUCCAAGCCCCGGGCUCCUGAGAAUCCAGCCAUCCCUACUCCAUCGUCGUCCUCGCUGCCCCUCGGACGGAGAAUCGCGCCGCCGGACUCCGAGCGGCCUCGUCGAUCUUUGCUGGAUAGGCUAGAACCAACUAGCCUCCUCGCCCGAUUGAACCCACCGAGUGGUAAGGAUCGAGAGGACGGGGAGUUGCAGGAAGAGGAAGGGCGAGCAGGAACCUCCCUGUUCAGGCGGAUGGGCGUACCCCUUGAAGAACGGAUCUCCGGGACGACUCAUCUUUUGCCUCCUGCUCCCCCGGCAACUACGCCCCCCGAGGAGCUACAUACCGUCAACCUGCCCUCCGGAGUUCCUUUGAGAACUCGGCUUCCGCUGCACUCCGCUGCCGAGGUGGAUGAAUACCUUCACCAUCCCUUCGAGCGUGACGGGAACGUACCAGUCAUCCGACUCAAAGGAGAAGACGAGCUGGGUCCAGCGCCGGUCUUCCCCAAGGAUGCGGGAGCCCCGGUGCCUUCCCCUCAACUCCUGUUAGCGGGGGGCGAUGAAGGGUAUCUCAGUACUAUCACCUGGCUGCAAAAUCGCGGACCAUGUCUUCUGCGCUUGCAGAGGAAACCGGAGGACUGGGUCCUACGGAACCAUCGUCAAUGGAAGUCGAACCUCCGAGGCCCCCCCAACCUCGUGAAAGCAGCUCGGAACAAUCCAAGACGUCCCUUGCCCGACGACGCCAUCGACCCGCUCAGGAAUCCUCUCCCGAACGAGAGGGAAAACGAGAUUUGGAGCCUGCGAACGUUCCUGUUUCGGUACAACUUCGAACGUCUAGCAGCGAGGCGACUGCCGAGCCUUCAAGCGGCUACCACGGACGCAGCGCGGGGGGCUAUCUGGGCAGGGGUGCGCGAUCGCAUCCGACGAGUAUGGGGCCAUGGGACGACGAUAUACCCUUCCGUCGAUGAACCACGCUAUUUCGACAGCGACGACGAUGUAGUGCGCAUGAGACAUUGGUUCGCCAUCGGACGUCUCAUGCUCGAAUGGGACCUAAGAGAGGAUAUCGCUCAAGACUUGCGACUCGCGAUGGGGGGCACUGUGACGGAUGCUGUAGAACGUAUCAAGGCAGCGUAUACUAAUGUCUAUAGGACUACCUUUGAGAAUCGCGACCCGCAAGCGUUCGCGCGCGCUCGCUGUUACCUCGCGCGCGCCCAGCAAUUAGACGCGAAGCUUCUCCCUGUCCAACUCCACCAUUCGCCCGUGUGCGAUACCGCACCGUACGAACUAGGAGCUGAGUCCCUAAGUCGUGUGAGCUCCUCGCUCCUCGACGCACAGUGCGUGCUCCUCGCCGCACUGAAGGAUAGGCUCCUCGCCUACUCCUGCCCCGAGCUCGGCUCCUCGUCGUCUCGUCACCUGAGCUCCUCGCUGCAGGCACGACUUACCCUCGCCGGCUACCCGCCUGCGAACGUCCACGAGUACGGUCGUCGGCUCCUCGCCUCGACUCAAUAA